AUCUUGUUUGACAUAUACGAUCUUCGCUGCAACUCUUCUGACAGCUACUACUACUAGCAACCAACUCCUCUACGCUCCUAACAAAGCUGGGUAGACAGGAGAGGGAAGGGGAGAGCUUUACCUCUGGUCUCCCCAGCUGACCCUGAGUAAACCAGCCAGCUAUGGAUGACCGGUCCUCUCUUGGAAAAGUCAGCAGCUCCACAGAGUCCGUGGCCACCGUCACCAGCGAGGAGUUUGUUCUGGUACAGCCCGGUGUCGCCGGGUCACCGCAAGGCUCCGAGGGCAAACCAAGACUCAAGAUGUCUUGGAAUGGGAGUGAGCAGCUCGUGAGAGCUAUGGAGGAUGUGUUGGAUGACGAUGAUGAUGAGGUGAAGGUGGAAAAGAGCAAUGUGGAAAAGAUGGAGAAGCACAAGGACCCAGAGAGCCAAGUCCUGGAGCCCCAACCUGCAGAAACAUGUCCAGCACCAUCCAGCCCCACAGUGCUAGAGGAGGACAGUGUUCAGUUCAACAAGCUGUCUUACCUUGGCUGCACCUGGGUCAAAGCCCCCCGCAACGAGGCCGAGGCGCAGAGGGCCAUGGCCACCCUGCGGGCCGAGAGCGCCAUCCCCAUCCCCAUCACACUGCACGUGCCCUGUGGCCCCGACGGCUCCGUCAGGGUUGUGGACCAGGCCUCGGGAACAGAGAUCGCCGUAUUUCCAAUCUACAAGGUGUUGUUUUGUGCCCGUGGAAAAGAAGGUUCUGUGGAAAGUGACUGUUUCUCCUUCACUGAGAGUUACCGGAGCGCUGAGGACUUCCAGAUCCAUGUCUUCUCCUGCCACAUCAAAGAGGCCGUCAGUCGUAUCCUGUACAGUUUCUCCACAGCCUUCCGGCGUUCUGCGCGGCCGGCAGACAUCAGGGACACGGCGCUCUCCGGCCCGCCUGAAGGCGACCUCUACACCUUCACUGUCACCCUGGAGAUCAAAGAGGACGAUGGCAAGGGCAACUUCAGUCCUGUGCCAAAGGACAGAGAUAAAUUCUACUUUAAGCUGCGACAGAGCAUUCAGAAGAAGGUCGUGGUUUCAGUUCAGCAAAUGUGCAACAAGGAGCUGGGCAUCGAGAGGUGUUUUGGGAUGCUGCUGAGUCCAGGACAGAAAGUAUGCAACAGUGACAUGCAUCUACUAGACAUGGAGUCGAUGGGGAAGAGCUCUGAUGGGAAGGCCUAUGUGAUCACAGGAACAUGGAACCCAAACAUGGCAGCCUUCCAGCCGCUGAACGAAGACACCCCUAAAGAUAAGCAGGUGUACAUGACGGUGGCAGUGGACCUGGUGGUCACUGAGGUGCUGGAGCCAGUUCGCUUCCUGAUGGAAACUCUGCUCAGGGUUUAUCCAUCAAACGAGCGCUUCUGGUACUUCAGCCGCAAGACCUUCAGUGAGACCUUCUACCUCAAACUCAGACAGCAGGCACCAGAGAGGGUGGGACAGAGCGAUGCUGUGUAUGAGGUGGUGAGUCUUCAGAGGGAGGCAGAGAGGAGCAAUGAAGGACGACUGGCCUCGCCCACUGAGGAAGAGGAGGCUGAUGAAGAUAGUGACAGUGAAAUCUCCAGUGGCACAGGAGACGUUUCCAAAGAUUGUCCUGAGAAAAUCCUGGAGUCCUGGGGAGGAAUCCUCACCAGAUGGCACGCAAACCUGUCCACUCGUCCGAAGGGUUUGCCCUCGUUGGUUCGCAGUGGCAUUCCCGAGCCACUCAGAGCAGAAGUCUGGCAGCUGCUGGCCGGUUGCCACGACAACCACGACCUGCUUGAGCACUACCGCAUCCUCAUCACCAAGGACUCUGCUCAGGAAGGUGUCAUCACUCGGGACAUCCACCGCACCUUCCCCGCACACGACUACUUUAAGGACUCUGACGGAGAUGGACAGGAUUCACUCUACAAGAUCUGCAAGGCCUACUCCGUCUAUGAUGAGGAAAUUGGUUAUUGCCAGGGUCAGUCGUUCCUCGCUGCUGUUCUCCUGCUGCAUAUGCCAGAGGAACAGGCCUUCUGUGUGUUGGUGAAGAUCAUGUUUGAGUAUGGCCUCAGAGCUCUCUACAAAAACAACUUUGAGGAUCUUCACUGUAAGUUUUACCAGCUGGAGAGGCUGAUGCAGGAGCAGCUUCCAGACUUGUGGUCCCACUUCCAGGAGCUGAACCUGGAGGCACACAUGUACGCCUCCCAGUGGUUCCUCACACUCUUCACUGCCAAGUUCCCCCUGUGCAUGGUUUUCCACAUCACUGACCUGCUGCUCUGUGAGGGAUUGAACAUCAUUUUCAACGUAGCCCUGGCCCUGCUCAAGACGUCUAAAGAGGACCUCUUGCAGGCAGACUUUGAAGGGGCUCUUAAGUUCUUCAGAGUCCAGCUCCCCAAACGCUACCGAGCUGCGGAGAACGCCCGCAGGCUUAUGGAGCAGGCCUGCAACAUCAAGGUUCCAACCAAGAAGCUGAAGAAGUUUGAGAAGGAAUAUCAGACACUGAGAGAGAGCCAGCUGCAACAGGAAGACCCCAUCGACCGAUUCCAGAGGGAGAAUCGUCGUCUUCAGGAGGCCAGCAUGCGACUCGAACAGGAGAAUGACGACCUGGCCCAUGAACUGGUAACCAGUAAGAUUGCCCUUCGGAAUGACCUUGACCAGGUCGAGGACAAGGCCGAUGUAUUAAACAAGGAGCUGCUGAGCACCAAGCAACGACUGGUGGAGACAGAGGAGGAGAAACGACUACAGGAGGAGGAGACGGCCCAGCUGAAGGAAGUGUUCAGGAGGGAGCUGGAAAAAGCCGAGCUGGAGAUCAAGAAAACCACAGCGAUCAUUGCUGAAUACAAACAGAUAUGCUCCCAGUUAAGCACCCGGUUGGAAAAACAGCAGGCGGCAACAAAAGAAGAGCUGGACAUCGUCAGGAGUAAAGUGAUGGGCUGUGACCGCUGUAGGGACCUGUUCACGACCCUGGGGUCCCUCCAGACUUCGUCCCCCGGGAGAGACCACACAUCCACAGAGCCCAUGGACGAGGAGAAGGACGGCCUGAAGGAGCAGCUGAGGCAUCUGGAGCUGGAGUUGGCUCAGACCAAACUGCAGCUGGUGGAGGCCAAGUGCCGCAUGCAGGAGCUGGAGCACCAGCGGGGGGUCCUGAUGAACGAGAUCCAGGCAGCCAAGAACUCGUGGUUCAGCAAAACUCUGGGCUCCCUGAAGAGCUCCUCCUCCUCUUCCUCUUCCUCCAGCUCCACGUCCCAGACCCCGUCCUCUCCGAAGGAGGGGCCUGCCUAAACAACCCCUCCCUCCAUAUCUCCUUUCCCUGCAGGAUGCACACUAGAGCUGAGGAACAAAAGUUGAAGGAACAAGCGGCGGAGAAAUGCAGUAUUCUUUUUCCAGCAGGUGGCAGCAUAGAGCUCGCCAGCUUCUUGGACUGCAAACAGCUGAAAAUAUGAGGGAGGAAACGGGCGGAUGACUGCUUCCUGUUUCACUUAAUGUUUACGUUUGAGUGAACAAAACGUAAAUGUCACAGGUGACAGGCGAGGGUGGAUCAUCAUGAGGCUCAGCAGCCGUUAUCUACACGUUUAUUGUUGAGUUCUCAUUAUAGGAAAGCUGGGUAAACACACAAUGGCUCUUAUUGGUGGAUUAUUUAGCUCCGCCUUGUGACCAGAUAUUGCUACUGCAGUUAGUUCAUUUAUCUGUGUGAAAUUAUGAUUUAUGUAGCUGAAAAUUACAAUCAGUCUCACAAUUUACAUAAUAUUUUCAAUGAGUGAAACAGCUACAGGUGCCGAUAUAUUAUACGUUUAAUGCAUAGAUAUGUAGAGACCUUCAGCGCAGCAAAGCUACAGCACUCUGAAAAAAGAAUACUGCAUUCAGUCUUAAACAAAAACAACACAAAAAGUUGUAUUUCUUUAUAGUAAUAUAACGUUAAUAAUGUUGUCAUAUAAAUAUGUAUAACUAAUUAUUGAUUUUUGUAAUAAUCUUGUACAGUUCAGAAAAAAAGGAAAAGUUCUUUGUUAUUUUUUUUUUACCGUUUGGAAAUUGAAUGUCAACUCCCUAGAUGUUGGUAAGCACAGUCGGUCGAGUCCAAACGCUGAAGACCCACAGUGACAGCCUGCAGAGAGUUUGAUGUCACGGGUUGAACUCAUGGUGUGAAUUAUCACUAAACGCGCAUGCAGCCAUAAAUGAGUUCACAGUUGUGGUGCCAGCAGAAAUGGGCUCUUUUUGAGUGAAUGUCUCCAAAAUGUUUUUUUUAAAUAACUGGUUGUAAAUUUGAAAAUGUUUUUUAAAUUCAUUUGUUAAUGUUAUUGUUUUAGAGUACACAGUUUGUCUUUGGAGUGUGCAAACAAGCAGUAUAGUUGGAGGUAAAAGGACUUGUGAUUUAUUUCUGGCAUUAGUUCUUUUUACAGACUUUAAAAAAGGCUUCUAUUGAUCCAGAUAAUCCAUCACAGUACUCAUGGAGGAACUGAUUAUACCUGCCUGUGUUACGUAACGCUGUGCAGACAACACCUACAGGAAGUACUCAAAGUAGUCACCUGUUCAUACCUGUUACUGUUAUCCAACUUCCCUGUAGAUAUAGAGCCAGUGCGUUAAAUUAGGUAACUCUAAUGUUCAGUAUGCUCUAAAGUGUCUGUUACAAAGCACAGUCCAUCCCUAAAUAAACACCUAGCAAAGCAUAAAUAAGCAAAAUUAAGCUGCAAGAUCCCCCCGUCAUUGCCAAACAGUUCUCAGGCCAUUUUGCACAGCUGGGCCAACACCUUGAUUCCCUCUGUCUGGUUAUAACGACACACUUUGUAAUUGAUUCUUUACACAAAGAUUGAAUUAGGCAUGUUUAUACCUGAAUCUUUCCUGUGGUCAGUUGCUGUGCUAACUAUUCAGAAUAAACUGUAUUAAAUGUUACCAGCCAACUAGUUAUUUCUUGAAAUUGAGAACUUAUAAACUCUAAAUCUUAAAAUGUAGCGAUCUUUAUUUAUGUACAGGUAAUUCUGUCAGUAAAAUAAAUUCAUGUAUGCUUGAUAUAUUAAUGCAACAAGGGACUACUAACUUUAAGAACAAAAUAAAUGAAAACAAACAUACAUGUUCUACUUAUUACUGCAUUGCUGCUUGCUAAUAACAAUAUUAGGAUUGAGGACCACAGCCACGACACAAGGAUGAUUCAUUGUAUGUGUACUCGGUUGAAAAAUAACAAAAAAUUGCCAAAAAGUCUGUGUAGCUUUAACAUGUAUGUUAGUGCUGUGUUAGCAGAACGCUGCAGUGUAGGUGCCAAAUAUCCCCAUUUAUUGUCCACUGCUGUUGUCACUGAAAUCAGCCUUUGGACUCGGACCAAGCCCAUGUGUAGUUGUGUGUGAGUGUGUUAUUGGGUGUGUAUGUUCUUGUGUGUUCUGCACUGUAACCUAAGUGGUUGAAGUUGAAAUGGUUUCUUCUUCACAUGGCUGCCUUUUCUGUUGAUGACUGAAGCCGUUGCCUGAGGAGAGGAAAGCCAUCUGACAGUUUGUAAUGUCCGAGAGUGUCUGCGGUGCGAUAAGAGCGUCCCCUCUGCUCCGUCCCCAGACGUCUGUCCCAACAACCAUGUCUUCUGAUCCUAUUGACAGAUCUGCUGAAUCUCAUUUUCAGCAGUAUGCUUGACACAUUUCCACCGAGAGCCCCCCAGUACGACCAUUGUCCUCUCACUGGCGGCCUCUGAGGAAAUGCAUCAAUAUCAUGGCCAGGGAGAAAAAGGAAUCAUUGAAUCCCAUGUGUUUUGCAUUUCCAGGACAUUCCUUCUUCACAAUCGUUCAUCAUUCAAAGUCCUACAACCGGUUAAAUGUAAACUGUGGGCAAGUUGUCUUUUAUGUGCACUAACACAAUGUUGAUAUUUUAAACACUAUUUCAAGAUGUACGUUUGUUUAAAAGUAAUCCUGAGCACAGAGCAUAAUUAUUUUUUAACUGAUGAUUUAAUGUCGCAGAGAGGACAGCUGCCAAUUUAUAAUCCACUCUAAUUCAUUUCAUUUGUAACGCCUACAAGAGCAGGCGGGGAGUCGCGUUAGAGGUGUGUGUGUGUUACACAGAGAGGGACUGGUCCGACUCAACACUGUAACUGUACAGUAACUGUCUGACCCGCAUUAAUAAAUCUCAGUUUUUCUGUUCAUGCA